AUGAACGUCGACGUCGACGAGCUGGCGGCGCCAGAGGUGGACGCCAGCUGGCGUGAGCACGCCGAUCGUGAAAGAGCGCCCCGACUGCAGGCACUGGAUCGUGCCGUACUCGAGUUUUUGAUCGUUGAGGGCUACAGGGAUGCUGCUGAAGCACUAGCCCAUGAGGCAGACCUGGAUGCCACCGGUGACCUCAGCGCUGUGGACACUCGACAACAGAUUCGUGAAUCCAUCGACGCUGGGGAUGUGGAGGGGGCGUUUCGCCGCGUCAAUGACAUUAGCACAGACAUUUUUGAUACCGACAACCAGCUGUACCUCAAGCUGCGAGUUCAACAGUUUAUCGAACUGAUACGCAAAGGGGCCUUGUCUGAAGCCAUCAACUUUGCUCAAACCGAAUUCAACGUCGACCAGUUGACGGCCAGCGAUGCGGAUGAAGAGUCUUCAGCCACAGCAGCCCUUCGCUCUGAGAUUCAGCAGGCCAUGGGCCUUUUGGCAUUUGGGCAGCCACAAUCAUCCCCACUGCAGGGCUUGUUGUCCGUUGAGCGCCGCCAGCAUUUGGCUUCGCUGAUCAAUACGGCCGUGUUGCAAGCUCAGGGAGUCGAGGCACGCACAACCUUGACAAACAUGGUUCGGCUGCUGGAAUGGUGCCAAGAGCAAAUGACGGAAGCUGGUAUCGCGUAUCCAGCGCUGAACCCAGCCGAGGCCGUCGAAAAGGCGGUCACCAAGCUCAACGCCAGCCAACCCAUGGAGGGCACCGUGGUUUAGAUACACUGGCAAAAGCCUGCCUCCUACCAGGAAUGCUUGGGCUUCCUACUAGCCAUGCCACCCCUCACUCCCUCUGCUCUUGUCAAAUGUCUCGUGUCGAAAAAUUACAUAUGCAAUGUGUGCCG